GUGCCCAAAAGUUGUAAAUCUUUUUCUGUUUCUUUUUUACAAACGAAAUUAAAGCGCAUAAUGUUUAGCGACGACGAAGAUGAAUUAGAGCUUCUACGACAAUAUGGCGAUAGAGACCUUCAUGCUGACGAUGAUGAGGGUCAUUCAAGUGACGAUAUGGAUAGCGAUCUGGAAGACAAAAUUAUGAGCAUGGUUCAAUUUAACAAAAAAGUGCCGAGUGUUGAGAAACCUGAAGAACCAAAAGUUGUAUACGCCCCUAUUGGGGACAAUGCAGAGAAACAAGAUACCAAUUUCUCCUCUGCUAAUGAGUUACAAUUAAGUGAGAAGGAGGAGGGAGAGGAAGAUUCCGAUGCUGAAGAUAUUGGAACUCUUGAGAACCCUUCUACACCAGAAGAUACCGACAUAGUUAUGCAACCCCAAGUGACUAGAUAUAUCGAUUUGGGCGAUAAGCGUUACAUGGACGAUGAAGAAACCGAUGAGGAGGAAGCAGAACUUAACGCGAAGUUACAAGAUUUGAUUGAUGAACAAAUUUCUAAGCGUCAGAGUAGAGUAAAAUAUGUGAAUAAGCCCAUUAGAGUUUGUUUCGGCUGUCAUCAGCCUGGUCAUGACCGCAGAGAUUGCAAUUUGUGCAGUGACUGCGGCGGGCCUAAGCAUGCUGACAGUAGAUGUGUUGGUUUUAGAUACUGUGGUAGAUGUAAAAUGAGAGGCCACAAUCAAGCAGAUUGCACCAACCCACGUGAGAGCAAAUCUUGCCAUGUUUGUUAUAUGAGCUACCACAAUGCAUUGAACUGUCCAAGCCUACUGCAUGUAUAUGAGAAUGAAAGUCCACCUAGUAGAAUACCUACUGCCUACUGUUAUUACUGUACUGAAAAGGGACAUUAUGGCGACGAUUGCCCUGAUCUCCCUAAAUACUUGACUACCGUUCCUUCGGUAUUUUCAUAUCUCAGUCUCACUGAAGGUAGCAGAUUUGACCCUAAAAAGCAAAUGAAGAGUUCUGCUUCAUCUUUCAGUGCCUCAUCCACAAGUCAUCAAAGAUGGUCAGACUCUAGCAGAGAGAGUAGUCCUCGUCGUAACAACGACUAUAGCAAUGACAGAGGAUUCAAUAAUGGUGCAUAUAAGAGAAGAUACAACGAUUCCGACAAUGAAAAUAACAAAAGAAACAGGUAUAAUGACAGAUAUGAUGAUAGCGACCAUUAUGAACAGGAAAAAAAGAAGCCCUACAAGGGCAAUAUAAAGCCUUCUUCGUAUAAAGAUGACAGUGCAGGCGGUAAACGUCGCAGAACGGAUAUAGUGGAUAAUUCGAGGUCGAAUUUGGAUAACUUCUUUACGUCAGAAAAGAAAAAGAAGGGAAAAGAUAAUUACAACUAUUCCGGAAAAUCUGGAAAUAAUAACUGGAAGGCGGUAAACAAUUCACUUCCUCAACCGACAAGGUCAGGUACAGUCAACCUCAAUAAAAAACGCCAACAACAAAAUUACGAUGGGGAUUUCCCUCGUGGAAACGGCUCAGAUCUUCCCAGGCCAAGUUCUUCUGGUGUUAUCGAUUUAACUAAAAGUGACUCGGGAGGUUAUUCUAAAAGAGCUCCUAAAUACCAUGGAGGUUAUAACCGUAGAUAGUUUGACCGCCCUCUUCAUUAUAUACACUUUAA